UGUUUGUUUACAUUUUUCAUUGCGCACAUGAACUUAUUUCUGUACAUAGUUUAUUACGCCAUAUAAUUAAGAAGUUGCAUUCUAAUUGUUUAAAAUGUGAUUAAAGGACUCUAACGAUGCGAACGUCUGUCGAAGAAACUUUUGUCUCAACUAUUUUGUUCUGUUAAAAUUGUUUGUUACGAAAUGGAUCCCAGCCGGCCAAAAUCAAGGAGCAGACGCAGAACAAUCACCAUUGUUGACCUGCCUGAAGGAUUUGAAGAUCGGAAAACGAUUCGACAACACUUCUCUCAGUUUGGCCAUGUUACACGUGUCACCGUAAGUGAUGACUAUUCCUCAGCCAAUGUUUACUUUAAAACAGAAGAAGAUGCCCGCAAUGCAGUUGAAAAGGGUGAAGUUUGGCGUGACGAAUUACUCACCAUAGCUGAAGCUCAUUCUCUUGAUCCUCGAAUGUUCUCCCUUGAAGAUGGUCGAAGUUACGAAGAUUUAGACCUAGAGUUAUUGGAGGAUGAUGAUGAAAAAGUUUUUGGUGACUGCGCCAAAAAUGAUGUUUUUGCUCCGCCCUUGCACAACUACAAGGCAGAUGAGAAAAAAUCCUUAAAGAGAAUCAGAAGCUCGCGUAAGUUGAUGAUGGAACACCUAGGUGCCCCUAAAAUCAAACGACCUUCAUCAAGCAUUGUAGAUCUUACCAACAAUAAGCCAGUAGAUCAUCCGGAUCUCUCUUCUGGGCAUAGAAUUCAGGUUUCAGGGGAAACGAGGAUGAAGAUAACCUUGCCUUCUGCUAAGUUAACAAAACCUAAGCAAGCUAAAGUGUCGAAAAGUGAAUCAGGCACAAAGAAAAAAGAGAGCAAAAUGAGUCCCAAAGAUUUCAAGUAUCUAGUGGCCAAAAGUUUGAAAGAUAAAUUCACUAUUUUAAAUGAGAGGGAUAAAUGGUUGAAAAAACUCUUGGCCAAAAGCUCAACAUCCAAGUCAACUUUAAAAGGCACUUGUCCAGACAUGUGUCCUGAAAAAGAGAGAAUAAUGAGGGAUUACCGCACCCUGUUCUCCAUCUUUGAAGCAGAAGGUAAAGAAAUGAUCCAUGAGCUAGCAAUCAAAGAAUACUCCAGAAGCUCUGCCGACCAAGAGGAACCUCUGCCUCAUGAAUUACGCCCUGCCCCUGUGUUGACCAUGACAAUGUCUUAUUUAAUCAACUACAUUAUCCCUGAAAUCGACAACUCCAACCUGAAAGAAUCAGUGUCCGAGUGGUUUGAUUUUUGUUGGGAUCGUCUUCGAGGCAUCCGCAAAGAUAUCACCCAGCAGCAGUUAUGCGAUAUAUCUAUUGUAUCCAUCAUUGAACAGUGUGCUAGAUUCCACAUCGCAUGUUAUGACCGUUUGUACGGUCUUGAAAUGAAAAUAUUCGAUCAAAAAAUCAAUCGAGAAAAUAUCAUGAACUGUCUCUCUUCUUUGAACCACCUUUAUGAUUCUCUAUCAAGCACAGGCGCUUGUACAAACGAAGCUGAAUUCAAAGCUUACCAAGUUCUUCUCCAGUUAAGCAGCAGUGAUAUUUUGUGGGAAUUCCAAAAUUUCCCUCAGCAUAUUCAAGCAUCAGAAGAACUUAAAGUAGCUGUCAAAGCCUAUCUCCUGUUCUCCUCAAGAUCCUAUGCUCAGUUUUUUGACUUAGUUGAAAAGACUUCCUAUCUAAACAGUUGUUUGCUGCAAACAUAUUUCCCAAUUAUUAGAGAAACUGCUCUCAUUAUUAUAAUCAAAGCCUAUUCUCCUCCCAUGAAAGUAUUCUCACUGAAUGCUGAUUUUGUUAAGCAGUCCCUGAGAUUAGGCAAUGCAGAAUUACAGCAGUUUUGCCAAAAUGAUGGCAUUGGCUUCAACUCUGAGUCGAAUGAAGUCAUAAUUAAUCGUGAUGAAUUCUUUGCUCGCGAUACACUUUUUAAUUUCGAUGAAUCCUCCUUUAUUGUUCUCAACAAGCGGGAAGCCCUUUCAUACGCUGUUGUAAAGAGUAGAGCCCUGCCCCCGUAUGAAAAACACAAAGUUCAUAGUAGUUUUGAUGAUGAGGGUAAAUUAAAUAAACUGGCCUAUCAAGCUAUUGAUCAAGAAAUGAAACUGAAGCAGGAUUUUGACUUCUCUUAUCGACCCUUGCUGGAACCCUCAGAAAUGAGGUAUGAUUCAGACUCGGAUGUUCAAAUAAUUUCUGACGAUGAAGACCCAAGGAAGUUCAGUGAUGAUGAUAGUUCAUAUGCAAAAAUAGAUAUUGAUAAUGAAUCUGAACUUAAUCAUCCUGAUGCUGCCAAUCAAGGUAGUAAGUAUAAUGUGGAUGCAGUUAUAAAAGAGGAUAGUUCCCUAGAAGCUUUGGAAGAGGCUCGAAGACGUCUAAUACGAAACCUAGAAAAAGAAAAGCACCUCGAAGAUUUGAUAAAAAAAGAAAAGGAAUGGAAAAUGAAGGAAGCAGAGGAGCAGAGAAAAACAAGACUUCGAAAACUAGAAGCAGAAAAACAGAGGGAAGCUCUCAAGAAGGAGCAAGAAAUGGAGAUGAAGAAGGAACUGGAAGUCCAAAAAUUAAAAGCUUUGAUGAGAGAUAAACAACGCAUGGAAGAGGAAGCGCGGAUGACUAAACUUCAAAGAGAAUUGGAUAUCAAAAGAAUGGAAGAAGAAGUGCGAAGGAGAAUGAAUGAAGAAAACCUUAUGAAGCAGAGGCUUUUGGAAGAGCAGCGGAGACAAGAGGAAGAGAGGCGAAGACAAGAAGAAGAGAAGAAAAAACAAGAAGAAGAAAGACAAAGACUAGAAAGAGUAGCCAUUGAGCAGGAGAGAAUGCGUCAGCAGGAAAUCGAAAGGCAAAGGAGAAUUUGUGAAGAGGAAGAAAAGCAAAGGCGGUUAAGAGAAGAACAACGGAAAAUAAAAGAAGAGCAAGAGCGUUUGAGGAGAAUGAAAGAAGAGGAAAAACGAAAGGAGGAAGAGGCAAGAAGAAGGAAAUUGGAAGAAGCUGAGAGACAACGAAAGCUGAAAGAAGAGAUUCGUCGGCAGCAUUUGUUGAAAGAAAAAGAUGAGGAAUUGAAAAUUCUUAGAAACUACCUCGGGAUGCGUUUAAAAGCUUUGUCCGUUAGACAUUAUGCUAAAACUUGGAAGAGAAAAAUUGAUAAAAUUCGCCAAGCAAAGAUUGAUUUUCCAGCCUUGGUGAGGAUGACGGCAGAUGAAAAUUUAGCUCUUUGGGGAACGGUCGGGAAUCGAACGAGUGUUCCGUGUAUAAGAACAAGUGAAAGGAUCAACAGAUUAAAAUCAACAGGAAAAGUAAUUUGUAAAUUGAACCAAAGCAAACUUGAUGUACCAUUUGUUGGAGAUAUUUUAGCAGAAAAAGUCGUAGAUGAAAAUUUAAAAAUGAACAAGUCGUUUCAGUUCCUGUUUUGUAAGUUAGUUUUUUCUCUUCCCCCAAGAGAUCGUUUUGAUGAAAAUCUAGGUACAUUUCUGAAACAAUCAUUGAGCAGUGCCCUGCUUCCAAAAGGAUGUAACUUUUCUGAAGGCUUCUCCGUCAUUACCUCUCACAAUAUCCCAGUUUUUAUGUCAAUAAACAUGAUGCAAGGCUCAAACGAUUCCAGUAGCUGUCAUGGCAUGAAUGGCCUUGUCAUAUUUUCUCAGAAUGAAAGUUACGAUGAAUUGAAAACACGCAUUUGCAAGACCCUUAGUUCCUUAAAAUGUUCAGUUCCAAUACCUUUAAUUAUUACAACCAUAGAUGAAGUUAUAAAUUCAAAGGAACUAAUAAACUUCUUGGAUUUAUUGAAAAAGGACAGAGUCUUGAUCUGCUGGGAAUUUUAUAAUUGGACUAAUUGGGCUGGUUUCUGCAAAAAUUUCCUUUCUUCCUUCUCAAAAUUUAUUCUGUCAUCAGGAAACUUUACCGUAAAUAGCUUUUGCUUUUUAAUGAAAAAUCUUGUAGAUGAAUUUUUCAGUCUUUACCGCAAAAAUGGAGAAUCUAGCACGCCAGUUGCUAUCAUUCAGAUGUAUAAUAAGUUUUUAGCAGUUAUUUCUCAUUAUUUAGUCAAUUUCAAGUACCAAGAUAUACCCUCUGAAUUUGAACCUCUGCUUGUGAAGAGUUGCUGUCGAGUAGUCUGUUCCGAAAAACCUGAUUUGAGUAAUAACGUAAAUAAAUUGGAGAAGCUUCUCGAUUCUUUGCGACUGGAAGAUUUCAAAGAAGAAGUCCCAAAAAAUGUUAGAGGUUUGUUGGACUUGUUAGAAAAUCAUUGUCAUGGUAAGACACCUUUAUUCGGUCAGAUCGUCAGACUGUUAGAGCUAAACAAUGAUGAUGAUAAAGAUUUUCAAACCUUUUUAAAAAGAGUUUCAUGGAUUAGUAUCAUAGAAUUACUAGCCCAAGAAAAGUUAGAAAUUUUAAAAAAGACUGGAAACAACGAUUUCGUUGUUUUUAGGAUGAAAGAUCUCCUAGAAUUAACUCAUAAGCUGUAAUGAUAGCUCAUAUUCAGCAUAGAUUUCCUUUUGCAAUAGGUAUCUAGUAAUAAAUGCUCAUUGUUUUCAUUAAAGACUCAUCAUCAGUAAUGGGCUAAGUGCCAAAAAAAUUGUGUUAGAUGUAACGUUUCGUUCUGAACCUCAGGGAAAACCUACUGCACUCUGCGCCAAGUGCCAUCAACAAUAGAGGAGUGAGUAUAUUGUAUAAUAUCCGGAAGACAGUGUGUUCUGCAGCAAUUUUCAAAAUUAUAAAUGUGAAUAAAUCAUAAUCAUCUUUUCUGCACUUAGCCUGUUUUUAAUAAUAAGUCUCCAGUGGUCAAUUACAAGAGCUAAAUCGUGAAUCUUUAAUAUCUUUUGUUAGUCUGGGAUUCCUUUUAAUUUUAUUUUUUUCAAGAGCCUCCCAGGAUAAACCAUUUUCAUCAUUAACUCCCAUUUUUAAUUAUUAUGUAAAACCUAAUUUUGACACAUUGACACGUCCCUCAACAUUGUUCAAGUCCCAGGAAAAAAUCAUGGUACCUACAUCCUCUGAAAAAUCUCAGAAACCUAGCGGUAAUGGAAGUUAGCGAUUGAAUUUUUUGUGACAAUUCUCUUCUCAGGCAGGACUAAAAUUUUCAUACUGAAGUUUGUAUCACCUACUUCCAAAUACUUGAGUUGCAUUUAUAUCAAUAGAGCUUUUUGUAAUUAUUUUUUCAAAAAAUUUUGUUACGUUUGUCCUAUUCAAUCAACUUUGUUAAAUAAACAAUUUUGUUCAUACA